AUGUAUAACCAAAAGCCGAGCCUACAAGACACCAGAGCAGAGUUUGGGCGGAGGAUGGAAGAAUUUGAGAGACGUCUGAAAAAGGCUUCAUUCGCGAACUCCGAUACAACCGGUAUAGCUGCCGACUUUGCAACUUUCAAGGAACUAACCCUCAAGAGUCUGUCUGCACUACAGCACCAAUUGGACUUGCUUGUGCUCGAGGUUGACCGACAGGAAAUGCGCAGUCGUAAGAGGAUCCUGCUUAUCCAUGGAGUUCCAGAAGCCAGACACGAAGACACAUUCUCAGUUGUUAAAGACGUAGUAAUUGACCAGCUGAAAAUGGCUGAUUUCACAGCUGACAGCAUUAGCCGAUGCCACAGGAUGGGGCGAGUGAAUUCAGAGAAAUCCCGUCCUAUAUUGGUAAACCUGUGUAAUACUACUAUUCGUGACAAAAUAUGGUUCGCGAAAACUAAUUUGAAGGGUUCAAACACUACUGUCUCAGAGUUUUUAACUAAACUGCGUCAUAACACUUUCAUGAUGGCCAGGCAGCGUUUUGGAGUCAAGAAGUGUUGGUCACGAGAUGGCUUCAUCCAUAUAUUGUGUCCCGAUGGGUCGAAACAUCGUAUUAGCAGCCUCGCAGAAUUACAUAUGAUCGCGCCACCGCCGGACCCAGAACCUCAAAUAUCAGCCGCACAAGUCAAGGAAAUAGUUACUACAUCCAAAACCAGGCGAGCUAAUAUAAAAAAAUAG